UUCUGUUCCUUUCGCGUCCGCUGUUGUUUCUCCGUUUUUUUGACCCUAGCGGGCCGCCGUUGCCAGUUCUCUCCUUUGGCUUCGCCGCCGUUCUGAGGCACGCUGGGCCUGCCAGGUUUCAAAAUGGCGGCCUCCAGGCUGACACUCAGAUCAGGACUCCUCCCCUGGUUCCUCAAAGCGGGUCCGGUGCCCCGAGCGCUCUCGGCUUCUGCCGCGGUGUCCCAAAGGACGGCACCUCCUUCGUGGAAGCUGGGCCGCCUCAACCACGUGGCCGUGGCCGUGCCCGACUUGGAGAAGGCCGCCCGUUUCUACCGGGACGUCUUAGGGGCUCGCGUCAGCGGCACGGUGCCCCUCCCCGAGCACGGCGUCUCCACGGUCUUUGUGGAACUGGGGAACACCAAGAUCGAGCUGCUGCACCCCUUGGGGGAGAAGAGCCCCAUCGCGGGGUUCCUGCAGAAGAACAAGGCCGGAGGGAUGCACCACGUCUGCAUCGAGGUGGAUAACAUAACCGAGGCCAUGGCAGAACUGAAGGAGAAGAAGAUCCGGCUGUUGAGCGAAGAGCCCCGAAUCGGAGCCCACGGGAAGCCGGUGGUUUUCCUCCAUCCGAAGGACUGCGACGGGGUCUUGGUGGAGCUUGAGGAGGCCUAAUCUGUGGUCCUAAUGACGGGAGCAAUAAAUGCCCAUCAUGAUGUGAUUUAUGGCACUAAUUUGGGCCCAUGUAUUCACCUGAAUCCUAUUGGUACUCCCAUUGCAUCCAUGGGGCUUAUCUAUGUGUUGAUUCACCACUCAAUCGUGGGUUCGGUGGCCUUGCUUUGUUUGAACUAUAGGAUUCCAAUCCAUUCUGUAUAUUUUUGACACUAAUUUCUGGGCUUGUAUUGGCCAUUGGGGACUCACAUAUAAGGAAUCCAAUCUGUUAUUUGUGUUGUUUUUAUCAUGACUUGGGUUUCCUCAUUCUUGAUUGUUUUUCAGGAUGGAACCAUAUUCCUGUAGAUAUCAUUUGCAAUUAAAAAAGAAAGAUUUCUGUA